UAGCUUCCUACAAAAAGAGCUGAAACGAGAGACCGAGAGAAAAGAAACCAGCGAUAUUCAAACGAUGCGUUCUUGCUGGGUUUGCUUUGCGCGUGUGAGUAUCCCUCGUCUGUGAAGAAGACAAUUCAUUUUGGAACCCAGAUCCGCAAUUUCUGUUCACCUUAAAAAAAAAAAGAAAGAAAGAAACCGAACCCUGCCUUCUGAAAUACCCCAGACAUCUCAGAGUGUCGGCAUGCAGGGGUGCCGGUUGAUCCGCGUGUGGUGCUUCUUUUGGCUAGCACUAUCGUCGCAGCUCUUGGCCUUUGUGUUGUCUCUGGACAGUCACAGGCAAUGCUCGGAGGACGACCAGCUGCUGUUUGAGGAACACAUCGAAGGACAGACCAAGCCGGUCCUUGAAAAUGGCUGUUUGAUGCAAUGUACGCUCGAAGUUUACUCAAGAAUGUCUAAAAGAAAAAAUCUUAUGAUAUCAGCGGUCCGCCUCAACCUUGGGAGCGCAGGCGCGGCUGGAGAGUACUGCUUUCCCACAAAGGUGAGGUGUACCAAGGGGCAGUACCUGCAGAGUGUCUUUGUGCUGUUGCCCGUAGAAACGGGGACGCAGGCAGUGGACGGCCCUGUUGCUCUGCGCCCCUCCUCCUCCUCCUCCCUCGAUGAACGGGAUCUCGUGAGGCUUCACCAGGGGCAGACGGGACUCGUUGACAACUGCGGGCUGCGCUUCAACGUCACCGAAGCCUUCACGGCCAGGCAGGGCGGCAAAGCCUUCUGUGUGGAAAUCGUGUCGGAACAGGGCACCCCUGCCCUGAAAUGCGAGCCGUUUCUGGCCACGGUGUGGUGGAGGCAACGUCGGCCCCCGGAUUAGCUCCGUUCGGAGGGACCUGGUUUUCGGAUUUGUUGACUGCAGCACACUGCCUGUUGUUCCGGAACACUCUCAGAACACUCUCUGGUUUCCAAUCUUCCGGUUGUUCUAUGUUUCGUUACGUAAUGUGGAGAACAGCACUCAGAUUUUAUCGAAAUGAGGACACUCUGUGAAACGCUUCAAAGCAUAUAAAAUAAGGGCCAGAGUCCAAAGUUUAAAAUGGUUGCAUCCAAAAUUUUAGAACUGAUAUUAAACAAAUUGAUCUAAACCAUAUAAUCAGUCUGAUAAUCCUUGACCUCCCGGUCCGUCCUGCCUUGUGUUGUGAUAUUUUGAACCACUUUUAAAGGAAUGCCAUACUAGAGAAUUGUGACAACCAAAACAUCAGGUGUGUUUUGAGUUAGUGGGGUGGCCAGUACCUGUAAUCCCUAAAGGAAUGAAUUUUAGAAAUCAGUUACACAACAUUUGUUGCACAUUGCCAACAUCAAGCUCAGCAACGUGAUGGAAACUUGACAGAAAGUUUCUUUUAGACUUUCAGCUGGUUUGCAAAUAAAGAAUAUCUGGAAUGAUGUGCUGAUGAAAAAACAACAACAAUUAUUGCCAGAAAGAUGAGAUUUCUUUGCCUUUUCAGAAACCUCAGACCGUUGUUGCACUUAAAUAGUACAUUAAUGAGUUUGAAUUCUCUCACUGCUGUUUAAAGAAGGCAAUCACUGUGAGUCUAUUCUGUGGCCACCACCGCAGCCCACAAUAGAGUCACAGUAGCAAACACUAUCGUGUAGACUGCCAGGUUUUAUAUAACACUGACUCGGAAUUGGUGAACAUUGCCCAGUUACUAGAUUGAUUACUCUCGGUUGUUCUUCUGCACUGGUGUUUUCCUCCAUCUCCUCUAUCUUUAUAAGCGCGACGGUGUUCAUUUGAGAUCUGAAGAUUCCAACAGAUAUUUACUCUCUACCACAAUGUAGACAUUAGUUUCACACUUCGCUGAGGUCCACGGCUGUAAACAGCUCAGAAAGUAGGACCAUUGUUCGAAUUCCUAAUUAGAAAUUUCUCAAUAGUUGCGUUCUGUAUUUUUGGCAGAAAAUCCAUAUAUCAUCAUUGAAUGUGGUGACCACGAGAAGCAGUAAAUGACACUGCAGAACACAUUGUGAGUAAAGUGUGAUCCUUCCGUGUUCUGGCUGCAAAUGCCCACUAAUUUUUUGUCAUGAAGGGAGUUAUGGACACCAAGUGGGAAAACAUACAAAACCUCACACCUGAAGAAGGCUCUACGGCCGAGACGUUGUGUUUUCUUUCUUCUCUUUUCA